AUGUCUGCCGCCGGUCUGGAACAAGACCUCUCCCCUGCUGAGUUGGCUCAGCGCGAUCAGGCCGAGAAGGAUCGCAAGGCUCAUGAGGAGGCGGAGCAGGCACAGCUUCCUUACAAAUGGACUCAAACCAUUCGCGAUGUGGACGUCACGGCGCCGAUUCCUAGCAACAUCAAGGGUCGCGAUAUGGUAGUGACUCUUACCAAGACCAAGAUUAGCGUGGCGAUCAAGGGACAGGAGCCGAUUAUCGAGGGCGAUUUCCCCCAUCCCAUCCUCGUCGAUGAAUCAUCCUGGACUCUCGAGACUACAUCAAAGCCCCCGGGCAAGGAGGUCAGCAUCCACCUCGACAAGGUGAACAAGGUGGAAUGGUGGCCGCACGUUGUCAAGUCUGCGCCCAAGAUCGACGUGACCAAGAUCACUCCCGAGAACUCCAGCUUGAGUGAUCUCGACGGCGAGACUCGUGCCAUGGUUGAGAAGAUGAUGUACGACCAGCGUCAAAAGGAGAUGGGUGGUCCUACCAGCGACGAGCAGAAGAAGAUGGAUCUGCUGAAGAAGUUCCAGGAGCAGCAUCCUGAGAUGGAUUUCUCCAACGCAAAGAUGGGUUAA